CGCGAGAGGCUCUAUGGUGGCGGCCGUUGGCGCGGCGGCGCUUCCGGCGGGCGCGGGGGCCUGUGGGGGAUCGCCGCGCGCCACUUCUGCCCGCCGGUGCUGAAGGAGCGGAGCCGCCAUGUCUCACACAAUUCUACUUGUCCAGCCUACCAAGAGGCCAGAAGGCAGAACAUAUGCUGAUUAUGAAUCGGUGAAUGAGUGCAUGGAAGGAGUCUGUAAAAUGUACGAGGAGCAUCUGAAGAGAAUGAAUCCCAACAGUCCAUCCAUUACAUAUGAUAUCAGCCAGUUGUUUGACUUCAUUGAUGACUUGGCAGACCUCAGCUGUCUCGUUUACCGUGCUGAUACUCAGACAUACCAACCGUACAACAAAGACUGGAUAAAGGAGAAGAUCUAUGUCCUCCUCCGCAGGCAGGCCCAGCAAGCAAGCAAAUAAUGGGGGCACCAUGGCUACGUGGGUUCGGGGAGGGUUUGGACAACAGGUGUGUACAGAGUGUAGUAGUGAACGUUUUGUAUUAUAGUCAUCCUGUUGCCAUCUUGAUAAAUUCAUUAGCCAGGACUGACUGUCUUUUUAGAGAUACAAGGAUUUUGUUGGAUUUGACUUGUUUUUCAGUGUAAAUGGAGAAGAAAGUACAACAUCUUCAGCAGAGUUUUCAUUUUUUUUUCCUCCAGUUUGCUAAUGUUGCUACCUUAUUUGAACCCCUGGGGCUAUUCACAUUGUACUUCACCACAUUUGCUGUAUGUGCCCCUCUGUGGGUUUUUAACAUUCAGUUAUGUCUUUGAGAUGUCUUAAUGGGAAAUAAAAAACUACCCUUUAGUUAAA